CCCACCGGCGCCCUCACCUGCAGCCCCCGGGCAGGUGAGGCACCUGGAGGUGUCGAGCGCGUCCAUGGCCGAGGAUCUGUGCAGGAAGAGCGCCAUCAUCCAGAGCUUCGUCAGGGACAGCCGCACAGAGGCCGCGGCUCCCGCGGGGCCGGCGCGGCGCGGGGCGGGGCCGGGCCCGGGUGAGGAGGGGCUGCGGGAGAUGAACAAGAAGCUGCAGAACCUCCUGGAGGAGCAGCUGACCAAGAACCUGCACCUGGCACAGGACCUGGAGUCGCUGUCCCAGGAGCUGGCACAGCUCAGGAAGGAACAGGCGGCCCCCCCGGGACCCCCCUGAGGGGCGGGGCCUCUCCUGGUGGGCGGGGCCUCGCCCCCUGCCCCCCCGCAGGCUCCGCCCCCCGGCCGGGGCGCUGCUGCGGGGAGGCGUUGCCCCUUUAAGGACGCGGUUGGCCCAUCCGGCAUUGCCCCUUUAAGGCCGGACGGUUCUUUACGUGGCGUUGCCCCUUUAAGGGUGGGCGGGGCUCCCUGGAGGGCGUUGCCCCUUUAAGACCGGGCGCGGUUCCCGCCGCGGCGUUGCCCCUUUAAGGACGUGGUCCCCACUCUGGCGUUGCCCGUUUAAGGGGGUCCCGCAUGCGCCCCCCUCUCCCUCCCAAUAAACCCAAUGUGAAUCGCUCCUGUGACGUCAUUUCGCUGCGUUGGGAAAGGGUGGGGGGAGUCGGUGACGUCACCAGAGGAACCGAGUCGGCACCGCCCGCCCCGUGACGUCACUUCCGCGAGCUGCCCCGGAUGUUGUUGCCGCGGCCGCGGCCGCAGGACGGACACGGGCGCGGCGCGGCUCCGGAUCCCCCCCCACAACCGCGCACCGUCCGGCCGGGGGGCGCGGCGUGACGUCAGCACGGUGACGUAACACCAGCCCCCCGCUUCCCCGGCUCGGGGGGGCGGCGGCGGCGGCGAAACCCCCCCAAAACCCCCAACCCCCCCCGACCCCGCCCCAACAUGGCGGCGACGGCGGGGGGCGGGGCCUCGCCGGGCGGCGGGGGCGGGGCCGCGCUGGAGGAGGAGUGCGAGGUUGUGCGCGUGCGCGUCAAGAAGAACGAGGGGCAGCAGCCGCCCGAGUUCCGCUCGUUCGCCGUGGACCCGCAGAUCACGUCGCUGGACGUGCUGCAGCACAUCCUGGCCCGGGCCUUCGACCUGCAGGGGAAGAAAAGCUUUGUUCUGAGCUUCGCAGCGCGGGACGGGCAGGGCCAGGACACCUUUGUGCCUCUGCUGAGCGAUGGUGACCUGGCCAACGCCUUCACCUGCGCCCGGCCCACCCUGAGGCUGCGCCUGGACGUCAGGAACCCCCCUGACACCCCUCCCCCGCCCCCACCCUGCGCCCCCCUGAGCGACGCCGACCUGAGGUCGUACCUGGGCCCAGGUGGGCGCCUGCUGCGGCCCCAGGACCUGCGGCUGCACGUCUUCCACGGCGGCGUCGAGCCCGGCCUGCGCAAGGUGGUCUGGCGUUACCUGCUGAACGUGUUCCCCGCCGGCCUGACGGGCCAGGAGCGCCUGUCCCACCUGCGCCUCAAGGCGGCCGAGUACUCCUCGCUGAAGGUGGCCCUGGCGGCGCGCGCGGCGCCGGCUGAGCUGGCGCAGGUGGCCGCGGCGGUACGCAAGGACGUGGUGCGCACGGACCGCGCCCACCCCUACUUCGGCGGCCCCGAGGAGGGCCACCCUCACCUGGCGGCGCUGCAGGCGCUGCUGACCACCUUCGCGCUGGGCCACCCGCGCCUCUCCUACUGCCAGGGCAUGUCGGACGUGGCGGCGCCGCUGCUGGCCGUGCUGGACGACGAGGCCCAGGCCUUCCUGUGCUUCUGCUCGCUGAUGCGCCGCCUGGCCCCGCGCUUCCGCCCCGGCGGCCGCGGGCUGGCGCGGGCCUUCGGCCACCUGCGGCGGCUGCUGCGGCGCGCCGACCCCCCGUUCUGGGCCUUCCUGGCGGCGCGCGGCGCGCACGACCUGCUCUUCUGCUACCGCUGGCUGCUGCUGGAGCUGAAGCGCGAGUUCGCCUUCGAGGACGCGCUCAAGGUGCUGGAGAUCACCUGGAGCUCGCUGCCCCCCGCCCCGCCGCCGCCCCCCGAGGGGGUCCCGCUGCUCGGAGCCCCCCUGGGGGCGCGCAGGGCCGGCCGGGGGCUGAGGGAGCGCCGGGGGCUGCGGCCGCGGCCGCCCAGGAGGAGGAGGAGGAGGAGGAGGAACGUGGAGGAGGAGGAACGUGGAGGAGAAGGCGCUGGAGGGGUCACGGAGGGUUCUGGUGGUGGCUUUGGGGGUCUCAAGGGUUCCAGUGAUGGCCCUGAGGGUCCCACGAGCUCCAGUGAUGUCCCGGGUGGUCCCACGAGCUCCACUGGUGGCCUAGAGGGUCCCACGAGCUCCAGUGACGUCCCAGGUGGUCCCACGAGCUCCAGUGGUAGCCCUGGGGGUCUCAAGAUUUCCAGUGAUGGCCCAGAGGGUCCCAGGAGCUCUGGAGAUGUCCCCAACAGUCCUGAGAUGUCUAGCGAGGUCUUGGAGAGUCCCAAGAGCUUCAGUGAUGUUCUGGAAGGAUCCAAGGGCAUCCAGGAGCAUCCCGAGAGCCCCCAUGAUGUCCCUGAUGGUCCCAGGGACCACCAGGAAGCUCCCAAGAGCUUUAAGAACAUUCAGGAAGGUCUUGAGACCCCCAGCGAAGUCCCCAAAGGUCACAAGAGCGCCAGCGAUGUCCCCAGAGGUCACAAAAGCUCCAGUGAUGGCCCCAAAGGUCACAAGAGCUCCAGGAAGGUCCAGGGGAGACCCACCAGGGAUGCUGGAGGAGCCCCCGAGGGCUCCAAGGACUCGGAGCCAGGUGGCUCCAGGAAGGUGGAGGAAGGCACCGACGCCCUGGAGAUCGACCAGAGACCCCACAGCCUCUGCUGGGGGGCUGGAGAAGACCCCAGAAAAGGACAGGAUGGCCCCAGAGAGGGACGUGACCCAAGAGAAGGACGAGAUGACCCCAAAAAGGGAGUGGAUGACCCCAAAGAGGGAUUUGAUGACCUGAGAAAAGGACGAGAUGACUCUGGGAUGAGUCGUGGUGACGCCGGGAAGGUUUACGAUGAUCUCAGAGAAGGACACGGCUUUGGAGAAGGCCACAACAACCCCAGGGAUGGCCACCAUGCCCCCAGGGAUGGAUAUGAUGACCCCAAGGAAGGACGUGAUGAUUCCAGACAUGGCCACGGUGACCCCAAGGACAACCACGAUGACCUCAAACAUGGCCACCACGACCCCAAGGAAGAACAUGAUGACACCAAACACGGCCACCACGACCUUGAGGACGACCACCGCCACCCCAAGACCACCCGCAACAACCCAACCACCCCCGAAGACCCUUGGGGCGGCCGUUGGGCUUGGGAAGACCCUUCCUCCAGCUCCUCCUCCUCCUCGUGCUCCUCGGGCUCGUCCUCCUCGGACGAGGAGGUGACGGUGGAGGACGACGGGGCGCCGCUGCCGCCGCCAGAAGAGCUGGGCCAGGGGAACCCCUUCCUGCUCUUCGUGUGCCUGGCCAUGCUGCUGGAGCAGCGCGAGGCCGUCAUGGCGCGGGCGGGCGACUACAACGAGGUGGCCAUGCACUUCGACCGCCUGGUGCGCCGCCACCACCUGCCGCGCGUCCUGCGCCGCGCCAAGGGGCUCUUCGCCAGGUACCUGGAGGGCUGGGGGGCCACCGCGCCGGGGGGACCCCCGGUGGGACCUCCUUCGGGGUAGGGGAUGGGCUCGGGAGCGCCGGUGGGGUAGGGGGUGUGGGGGAGAGAGGGUGGGAAUGCCGUAGGGAGGGGUGUAGGGCGAGGUGGCGAGCCCGUGAAACACCUCAGAGUGGGUCUGAGGUCAUCGUGAGGGGCUCCAGAGUCGCUGGAGGUCUGAAGGACAAUGUGGAGACCCCAUAGAACAUCUCAGAGUGGUUCUGAGGGUCUCCAAAGUCGCUGGAGGUCUGAAGGACAAUGUGGAGACCCCAUAGAACAUCUGAGAGUGGUCCUGAGAUCAUCACGAGAGGCUGCAGAGUCAUUGGAGGUGUGUAGGACUAGAUGGAGACCCCAUAAAACAUCUGAGAGUGGUCCUGAGGUCAUGAGUGGCUCUAAAGUCACUGUGGGUUUGUAGGACAAGGUGGUGACCCCACAGAACAUCUCAAAGAGGUUCUGAGGACCUCCAAAGUCGCUGGAGGUCUGAAGGACAAUGUGGAGACCCUACAGAACAUCUGAGAGUGGUCCUGAGAUCAUCACGAGAGGCUGCAAAGUCAUUGGAGGUGUGUAGGGCAAGGUGGUGGCCCCAUAGAACAUCUCCAAGAAGUGAUGAGGUCAUCGUGAGGGGCUCCAAAGUCAGUGGAGGUGUGUAGGACAUGGUGGUGACCCCAUAGAACAUCUUAAAGAAGUCUUGAGGUCAUCAUGAGGGGUUCCAGAGUCACUGGAGGUGUGUAGGACUAGAUGGAGACCCCAUAAAACAUCUGAGAGUGGUCCUGAGGUCAUGAGGGGCUCCAAAGUCACUGGAGGUGUGUAGGGCAAGGUGGUGGCCCCACAGAACAUCUCCAAGAACCCCGUGGUCACUCUGGAGUCCUGUGGGACGAUGUGGGGACACUUUAAAAGUCCCCUUAAGGCCACUAUGGGGACUCCAAAGUCACUGGAGGUCUGUAGGACAAUGUGGAGACCCCAUAGAACAUCUUAAAGAAGUCUUGAGGUCAUCAUGAGGGGUUCCAGAGUCACUGGAGGUGUGUAGGACGUGGUGGUGACCCCAUAGAACAUCUUAAAGAAGUCUUGAGGUCAUCAUGAGGGGUUCCAGAGUCACUGGAGGUGUGUAGGACUAGAUGGAGACCCCAUAAAACAUCUGAGAGUGGUCCUGAGGUCAUGAGGGGCUCCAGAGUCACUGGAGGUGUGUAGGACAUGGUGGUGACCCCAUAG